AUGGAUACAUCAACUGUACUUGAGAAAUAUACCCAAGACCUAUCUAAUCUACCACUUGAAGUGAGGCACUUACUAGAAGAAAUUAAAAGUAAAGAUGUGCAAGUCUCAGAAGCAAGGAAACGAUAUCAAACUCGUGACCACCAACUCCAUAAAUUUAUACGAACAAAUGGGACAUUAACCAAACAUCCAAAGGAAGACCAGUUGUAUGCCAAGAUUGAGGAGGAUAUGAAGCUUGUGCAGAAACUACAGAAAGAGAAAAUUUUAUUGGCUAACACUGCAUUAUUUUUGAUAUCAAAACAUCUAUACCAUUUUGAGACAGACAUUGCAAAGUUAGAAAGAGAUGAAUUGUUGCCACCUUUAGAACACCCAAUCGAUCUAACAGAAGUUCCUAAAGACGAACAUACAAAAUCACUUAAUGGUUUCUCUGAUAGUGCCUCUGCAACACCAACGCCUAGAAAUGGGUCAUCGGCAACUCCAGUAGCUGAAACAGUGAAGAAAGUCCAAAAGAAGAAAAUUAAUACCAAAGGAGCGUCCUCCUCUCUGGCGCAAUCAUCUUCUGCAUCAAGACAAGUGAAGCGACUCCGAUCAGAAGAAAUAGAGGAGCCUCUACCGUACGAGGGAGGCUCAUUGGCGUUCAAUGGGAAUGCAGCAAUGGGCACAAAUGGGGCAGCAGAUGUAAAUGGUCCUAACGGCGAAGAUGCCGAUAAUAAUUUAUAUUGUUUUUGUCAGCGUGUUUCAUUUGGUGAAAUGAUUGGAUGUGAUAAUGAUGACUGUAAGUAUGAAUGGUUUCAUUGGAGCUGUGUUGGGAUCACUUCGCCUCCGAAAGAUGACGAAAUUUGGUAUUGUCCUGAUUGUGCUUCAAAGAUGGAGAAAAGAAAAAAGAAACGGAAGAACUAA